AUGGAUGGUGGCUCGAAUGGGACCGAUUCUGCGCCCCGCGCGGCGCGACCUACCACAGGUGAGACUGGUCACCUGCGCCGCGAGGAGGCGCCAAAGCCAGGAGCGUGUAUGAUAGAGCAGCACAGCAGCAAGAAGAACAGCAGGCGUCGUAUGAUGCGGACCGGGUACUACGGCCUGCAGAUCAACUGGGACGAGAAGACGAUCGAGGGAGAUUUGUUCAAGGCCUUCAUUGCUGCAGGUGCCAUCUCCAAGGCAAACGCAGAUGAUCCCAAGAAGUCGAGUCUUUCGCGCUGCGCGAGGACUGACAAGGGCGUGCAUGCCGCUGGCAACCUGAUCAGUCUCAAGCUCAUCAUCGAAGACGACGACAUUGUCGAUAAGAUCAACGCGCACCUACCUGACCAGAUCCGAGUCUGGGGCCUCCAGCGAACGAGCAAUUCCUUUAGCGCUUACCAGGCCUGUGACUCUCGAUGGUACGAAUACCUACUGCCGACAUACUGCCUACUUCCCUCCCACCCAGACAGCUUCUUGUGGAAGAAGCUCGUCGAAUCCGCACAAGAGAAGGGGUACUACAAUGACUUCCAGUCCCAAUUGGCCGAUGUGGAUGGCUUCUGGGCCGAGGUCGAAGAGCAGGCGAUCAAGCCUAUCCUGGAACGAUUAGACCCCCAAGUCAGGGCUGAGGUUUUGGAAAGAAUCCACGCGUCAGAUGACCACCCUGAGUCGGCGCUCAAGAAGUCGGCGCCAAAUGAUGCCAUGCAAGUGGACCCUCCUGCUACCGCCGUCGCGGGCGAGGCGACGAGCGGCGAAGAUACCAGCACCACAGCAACCACUGGCAAGACGAAGAAUCUUGGUCCCGUGGAUUUUGCCCUGCGAGACAUGAAAAACGCCUAUGUCAAAGCGAAGAGGGCGUACCAAGUGACAAAUGAGCGUCUCGACCAGCUGCAAGCGGCUCUCGAUCAAUAUGUUGGCACCUACAACUUCCACAACUACACGAUUCAGAAGAGCUUCAAGGACCCCUCUGCCAAACGCCAUAUCAAGUCUUUCCAGGUCAAUAAGACACCGAUCCAGAUCCGUGAUACCCAGUGGGUGUCCAUCAAGGUCCACGGACAGAGCUUCAUGAUGCACCAAAUCCGCAAGAUGAUCAGCAUGGCGACCCUCGUCCAAGUCGACAAUUUCAAGUCCGACUACUUCCUCUGGUUGACCGCUGGCGGCAUUCAAGCAGGCGCGAUCAGGGCGUCCAAGCCUUUCAGCAAGGAUGACAAGGCAUCCAAUGUUGCGCUAGUAGAUGACGAGGAUGAGGAUCCCGAGGGCGGCGAAGGCUAA